UGGACAUGCUCUCAACAAAAUUGAAAAACUUGGUCAGAGCCCACAAGCGGGCUAUCGAAUAUAGCAGACGAACGAAUACUCCUGUGAUAGCUCCGUAUGGCAGUUUGAUGAAGGAAAUUUGUAAAGAUUACCCAAGUACCUGCCAUAAUCACACAUUAUCCAAUGAACAGCAAAAUAUUGUAGAAAAAUCAGGAACAACUAGAAAUAUAAUAGAUAAAGCAUUCUACAACAAAGAAACUUUUGUUGACAAGAGAAUAUGGACUAACGAAGAGACCAAAGCAUUUUUAAAAGCUUAUAUUUCUAGAAAGGAGGAGUUUCGGAAUGUACGUAAAAAGAAGUUUGCUAUGCAGAAUGUUUUGGCUGAUUUGGAGAGUCAAGGUAUUUUGAGCCAGAUCACAACGGUGGACAUGCUCUCAACUAAAUUUAGAAACUUGCUUAAAGCGUAUAAGCAGGUAAUCAACAACACCAAAUGGAGAACUGCCGCUCCAUGUAUAGCUCCGUUUACGGAUUUGAUGGAUGAAAUAUUUUCGAACAAUAAAAGUAAAUCAAAAAGCAACUCCGUUAUGUAUGGGCAACCACCAUACAAUCCGACCUCAUUAAAUAAAAUUGGCCAAACGAAUUUCCACCUGGCGGUAGAAUCAGAAGAGAAACAUUUACUAGAUAAGCAAAUUUUCAGUAACAGGCGAAUUUGGACUGUUGGUGAGACCGAAGCAUUUUUAAAUGCUUAUAUUUCCAGAAUGGAGGAAUUUCGAAAUAAAGAUACAAAGAAAUUUGCUAUGCAGAAUGUGCUACAUGACUUAGAGAGUCAAGGUGUUUUG